CCGCACAUCCCCCGGCGGCAGAAGUAGUUUGACCCCUCACCACUGCUCCGCCUCCACGGCCGCUCGCUCGGGCUCGGCGCGUGUCGCCGCCCUUCCACAUUCCCGCUCGUUCUUCCCCUCCGCCCGUCGUCUUUGCCUGAGGUCGCUAACAAAAUCCGAUACACUCCGGUGGCCUCGCCGUCCGGGUCGGGUCCUCCCCCAACCUUCUCGUCUCACGCAAAGCAGAGGGGGGACGAGUUUUAGGGGGGGCCGGGAGGGGGCCAUUAUUAUUUCUUCCUCCAGCGACAACUUCUAGCCACCGGCGGGGCUAUAUUAUUCGGGUCAGGCGCGCGGCCGGUCCCCGUCCAAGCGUGUCGCGGGGCUUGUUUUCCUUUGGUGGAAUGGCGGAGGAGUGCCCACGCGCCGGCGGCGCCGAGUUCUGGCUCCCGGACGAGUUCCUGGACGACGACUUCUUCUCCGAGGAGGAGAAAGCGGCCGUGGCCGCCAGGAGCGAGAGCGACGAGGAGGAAGGGCUAGGCGGGCUCUCGCGCCGCGUGGCUGGGCUCCUCGUCGGGAACGCCAAGGCAGCCGGCGAUGAUUCCUCCCCUCCAAAGGCGGAAGUGAUGGCCGGCUCGCCGCAGUCCAUCCUGUGCGGCCUGCCGGCUUCCGGGGAGGAGAGCCCCAACGGCGUGGCGUCGCAGGUCAGCUCGCCGCCGUCGUCGCCGCUGGAGCAGCAGCCGGCCGAUCCCUGGGACGUGCUGCACCAGGCGGCCGGGCAGGUGGCCCGCCUGCGCAGCGACAGCAUCCCCGUGCCGAAGAACGCGGCUGCUCUUCAUGGCCAUGCCGUCGUGGUGCCGGCGAAGCAGCCCGCUGCGCCAGCCCCGGCACCCAAGGCCGCCGGUGCCGAUCACUAUCAGCCGAACAACUUGCUGGAACAGCGCCGGAAAGUUGCUCAGUUUAAUGCCCUGAAGCAACAGCAGAUGCUCAAGCAUCAACGGGAGCAGGAGCUCGCCGCCGCGGCGGCGGCGGCGUGGGGCACGCGAACCUGCGGACCUAAACGAACCGCCGGCUAUUGUGCCGCGCCGCCCGUCCUCAACCCGUCCGCGUGGCCCCCGCUCCAGAAGCCGCAACAGCCGCCUGCGUCCACGGCCGGCAUGCGCGCCCUGUUCCUCGCCCCUCCCGGCGCCAAGCGCGAGUGCGCCGGCACCGGCGUGUUCAUCCCCCGCCAGGCUGGCGCCCCCGCUGAACCCAAGAAGAAGCCAGGUAAGCGCCCACCGCGUCCUGAACCUGUCUGUUUGUUUUCCAGUGCACUCUCCAUGAACUUUUCGCUGAUUUCUUGUCUGUGGCAUUUGGCAACAGCCUGCUCCACCGUUCUCCUCCCGGCGCGCGUCGUGCAGGCGCUCAACCUCAACGUCGAGGACCUCGGGGCCCGUCCCGUCUACCCAGGCGGUUUCGCUCUUGAUCACGAUGCGCUGGUGAGUCGGAGCAACGCCCUGCUGGCGAGCCGUUCGUCCCAGCUCCUCGGCGGCGGCGGCGCUGCUCUCGAGCUGAACCUCCCGCAGGAAUGGACGUAUUGACGACGCGCCGGAUCGCCGUCGCCGCAAGAUGAUCUCCGGCAGAUUAACGGGGUCAUGUCUAAUGCAAAAAAUUACUAUUGGUAUUGUGGCUAACGCUAGGUAACUGUUAGGCUAGAAGUAGGAGGCAGCGGUGGUAGCAUUGCGCAUGGUGCAUCAGCGUUUGGUGUUCUUUUGUGUGGGUGGUAUAUUGGUUAUUUUGGAUGACGGUUGGUGAUGGAUGGGGGCCGAUGAACAAGAGAGGGAUCCAUGGCUUUCGCAGGUCGUUGGGGGUGAGGAACAAUAAGUGGGUGCUUUUGGAGGGUUUGGUUGCAUGUUUGCUGCUCGUGGUACCCUGAUGAUUCCCAAGAGAAAUCAUCAGCAGUCAGUUUGAGAAGAAAAAAAAAGAUGUGUCACUGUAAGCAAGAAAAUAAUAAGAGCUCCAUAUUUCCUCUUUUU